ACCGACUGGGCCGACCGCGACAACGGCGAGAUGCGGCGCAAGACGCUGCUGGCGCUGUUCACCGAUCACCAAUGGGUGGCGCCGGCCGUGGCCACGGCCAAGCUGCACGCCGAGUAUCAGUCGCCCGUUUACUUCUAUACCUUCUACCAUCACUGCCAGACGGACGCCAGGCCCGACUGGGCCGACGCGGCGCACGGAGAUGAGAUCCCGUAUGUUUUCGGGGUGCCCAUGGUGGGAGCCACCGAUUUGUUCCCGUGUAACUUCUCCAAGAAUGAUGUGAUGCUCAGCGCCGUCGUGGGCUGUGAGCGCGCCGACACGGGGGCAGCGGUGGAAUGCCUUCGGCGGCAGCCGUUCCGGGCCUUGGUGGACCAAGACGUGCAGCCGGCGCGAUACCACGUCGCUUUCGGCCCCGUGGUGGACGGCGACGUGGUGCCGGACGACCCCGAAAUCCUGAUGCAACAAGGCGAGUUCCUCAAUUACGACAUCCUGAUCGGCGUCAACCAAGGCGAAGGCUUGAAGUUCGUCGAGGAUUCCUUGGAGAGCGAAGACGGCAUCUCGGCGUCUUACUUCGAUUUCACCGUGUCCAAUUUCUACACCGACUGGGCCGACCGCGACAACGGCGAGAUGCGGCGCAAGACGCUGCUGGCGCUGUUCACCGAUCACCAAUGGGUGGCGCCGGCCGUGGCCACGGCCAAGCUGCACGCCGAGUAUCAGUCGCCCGUUUACUUCUAUACCUUCUACCAUCACUGCCAGACGGACGCCAGGCCCGACUGGGCCGACGCGGCGCACGGAGAUGAGAUCCCGUAUGUUUUCGGGGUGCCCAUGGUGGGAGCCACCGAUUUGUUCCCGUGUAACUUCUCCAAGAAUGAUGUGAUGCUCAGCGCCGUC